AUGUAUCUUCUUAAGCGAGUGAUGCACCAGUUUGGCUACUUACAGAUUAUUCCAAGACCUCCCCAUGAUUCCAUUUCUUCCACCGUCCCUCGCAAAUACCUACAAGCGAUACUGGAUAAUUUCGAGAGUCACCUGGUACUAGAAGAAUAUCAUCGGGAGCCAACUCAUGUAUAUUGGACUUGUGUUAAGGGCUACAUGACAUGGCUCUAUAGGUUGUCACACCCUAUCAUAACACCAGACACUCUUGGAGAACCACCUAGACCAACUAACCAGGAGGUACUUGAGAUUCGGGAUGAGCAACUAGAGAACAUGGAAACGGUAUGUUGGCGUGUUGUGGAGAUGGGUAGAGACCAUGUCACCUAUACUGUCACCUAUACUGUUCUCUAA